CACCCUCCUCUCCCCUCCCUCCGCGCCCUCCUCCGCCCGGCUCCCCAUUCCCGUCUCCCCGCUUUUCCUUCCCUCGCCUGCCCCACAGCCCGGCCCCGAUGGCCUGAGCCGGCAUCACAACCUUUCCCCUUCCUCUCCCUCUUUCCCUGCUUGCCGUUCGCCCUCCCCCGCCCGCACAGCCGCUCGAGGCGCGUCGCUGCCGGACCUGGCGUCCUUGCGUGUACUCCUCCUGUGCUGGCAAACUUGGAGCCCCCCCUCCUCCCUCCGUCCCUGGGCUUGCAAUGGUGACGCGUGAUCUAUCGCCGCCGCUGGCGGCCGAAGGGGCCGCAAUCCCCGCGGCUUCGAAGGGUAACCCGGUUCGGUCAAUCACCACCCCGGCCCAUGGUGAUGCCCCCGCGGUUGAGCCUCGGCUUGCGCCCCCUCGAUCAAAGUCCAUCUCAGUCAUCGACACGGCCGUGCCCUUCGACGCCGGGGCCAUCACCCCCCCGCUGCCGGUCACUGAUGACACCCCCUCGGAGCAGGCCAUUCCUCCAAAGCCCCUCGACCAGGCGGUAGACGCCCCCUCCGCCUCCUCAACUCACGGUCAGGCCACCGGUCCCAAGAGUGUGCCAUCGGCUCGGCCGAAUGCUCCGCCCCCGCCCCAGCAGGGAGCCCCCCUGCCGCCGGGCUGGGAGGCAGCCUACACCCGGGAUGGAUUGCUCUUCUUUGUGGACCACAACCGAAAGAUCACCACCUGGGAUGACCCCCGGCGGGUGGGAUCCGGCGCGGCACGCUCCAUGCCUCGCCGAUCUUCUUCGGUGGGAAAUUAUCCCGCAAAUGGCGUCCACCGGACCCCGCUCACCCAAACGUCGCUCAGUGUCCGGCGCCGGGCGCCAUUCGGCGCGGCUGGCGCCCGGCCCGGGACCGAGACAACAAGGCUGCCGGCACAACGGCGUCCCAGCCAAAAUGCGAUGGCCGCCUCGGUCUCUUCCCCGGUCGCGGUGGACCGCUCCUCGCGGCUGCUUCUGUCGGCGGCCGUGGCAUCGGUCUUGGCCCUGUGCGCCUUCGGGGUGUACUUCCUGCUGGUGGUGCCAGGCCCAAGAGGACACGGGCUGGUUGGGGGGACCCCGGGCGGACAGCCCGCACCACCCGGCGGGCCCCUUGAUAGAUGGAUCUCCGAGGUGGCCCGGCAGCUGGGGCUGCUGGUAUACGGUCGCGCUGGGGCCGGGCCUGCGGGUCGAAUACCCGAAGCGGCUUAAGCCGCCCCCUCCCCAUCCACCGAGGAGCACAUGCGUGGGUUUGCCUCCCCUGCCUCCAUCCUGCCUCCCUCGCCCUGUCCCCUGCCGCCGUGGGCCGCGCGCCAGCACGCCAGACGAAAAGGCACGAAGCACCGGGCGGGGCGGGGGACUGAGGGAAGGGCUUCUCACCCCCUUGCUGUGCCCCGCAAUUGCCGCACAUGGUCAUGUGCAUCUUCAGAUACGAUCGUCGAUCCGACGCUCAAAUACCUCCCCCCAAUUCCCCUUCCCCCCCCCCCCCCCC